AUGCUCGGCUGGUACCAAGCGAGACUCGCGGCUCGCCCGCUGCUCACCCAGAGCAUCACCACCGCCGUCCUCUUCGCGACCGGUGACAUCACCGCCCAGCAGCUCGUCGACAAGCGCGGUCUCGAGAAGCAUGACUUUGCCCGUACCGGCCGCAUGGCCCUGUACGGUGGUGUCAUCUUCGGCCCCGUCGCCACCAACUGGUUCAAGUUCCUCCAGCACAAUGUGGUUCUCAAGAACAAGAACGCCGAGAUCCUUGCCCGGGUCGCUGUCGACCAGGGUGUCUUCGCCCCCGUCAUGAUCAGCGUCUUCCUGUCCUCCAUGGCCACGCUCGAGGGCAGCUCGAUCCAGGAGAAGCUCGACAAGAAUUACAAGACAGCGCUCACCUCCAACUACAUGCUCUGGCCGUUUGUGCAGAUGAUCAACUUCAAGCUCGUCCCCCUCCACCACCGCGUUCUUUUCGUCAACGUCAUCAGCAUCGGCUGGAACUCGUACCUCAGCUUCUUGAACAGCCAAUAA